AUGGAAGACUCAGAUAGCACUGUUGAAGAAACCCUUGUCAUGUUAAAUAUACCACAAUUAAAUAAUGAUGAAGAAAAAAUUAAAAACUUAAAUAGAUUGAGAAAGAAAAAAGGAGAAAAAAUAUUUAUUCCUGCUGAUAAUGAAUAUGAAAAUAAAAGUAACGACAAUAUAACAGGGGAUGAAAAAAAAAAUAACGACAACAUAACUGUGAAUAAGAAGAAUUAUAAAAAUGAUUGUCAUGAUAAUAAUUCUUACAAUAAAGAUUAUGAUAAUGAUAUAAAAUGUAAUACAAAAAAAAGUAUGGACAAGGAAAAAAAAAAUAAUCUGGCUGAUAAAAUUAGCAUAGAUAAUAUUCCUCUACAAAUUAAUAAUAUAACAUUAAAUAAAUUAUUUGAUGAAUGUCCAGAAUGUAUUAUAAAUAAUAAAUAUAUUUUUAAAGGUAUACAUACUAGUAGUAUAGGUACGAAUUUGUUUUUUAAAGAACCAGAAAAUCAUAAACAAAUAACAAAUGAAACUCAUUCAAAUUUUUCAUCUAAUGAUAAUAUUCAUAUGAAUAAACAAAAUGAAAAUAAAAUAACUAGAGAUGACUUCUCAACAUAUCAAGGAUACUCUACAAAAAUUAUUUCUUUUGAAAUAGAUUACUAG